CUCUCCAACUGGACAGCCGAGCAACCAGCAAAAUGAAAUUCUUCUUGUUCUGCGCCUUCAUUGCCGCCGUGGCCGCCGAUGUCAGCCAUCUGCCCUCGAGCCAGUACCUGCCCCCCAGCCAUGGAGCCGCCUCUGCCCCAGUGGCCUCCUACUCGGCGCCCAGCUACAACGUAGAGGCCUCGGCACCAGUUGCCUCCUACUCGGCUCCUGCUGAGUCCAGCUACUCGGUGGCUGCCUCUGCCCCGGCUGUGUCCUAUGCUGCCCCAGCUGCCUCUUACUCCGCCCCAGCUGCCACCUACACCGCUGCCGCUUCUGCCCCAGCUGUGUCCUAUGCCGCCCCCGCUGCCACCUACACUGCUGCUGCAUCUGCUCCAUCUGUGUCCUAUGCCGCCCCAGCUGCCUCCUACUCCGCCCCAGCACAGACUUACACCGCUGCUGCCUCGGCUCCAUCUGUGUCCUAUGCUGCUCCUGCCCAGAGCUACUCUGCUCCUGCUGCCACCUACACCGCUGCCGCUUCUGCCCCAGCUGCCUCCUACUCCGCCCCAGCUGCCUCCUUCGCCUCGGAGAGCUACGAGACUGCCGCCUCUGAGCCCGCCCACACCUUCUCGGCCAACGAUGGCUACCGCUACAAGACCCAGCGUCGCGUGGUCCUCCGUCGUCAUCGUCGUGGUGCUCCCUCCAACGACUACCUGCCCCCCUUCGCCGGAGCUGCCUCUGCCCCAAGCAGUGAGUACCUGCCCCCAGCAGCCUCUGCCCCCGCUCCAGUGUACUCCGCCCCCGCCCAGAGCUACUCCGUUGCCGCCUCUGCUCCAGCUGUGUCUUAUGCUGCUCCCGCUCAGAGCUACUCUUCUCCUGCCCAGACUUACACCGCUGCUGCUUCUGCCCCAGCUGCCUCUUACUCCGCCCCCGCUGAGAGCUACGAGACCGCCGCCUCUGCCCCAGCCCACUCCUUCUCCUCCAACGAUGGAUACCGCUACAGGACCCAGAAGCGUGUGGUGCUCCGUCGUCACCGUCGUGAUGUGAGCCACCUGCCCUCCAACGACUACCUGCCCCCAGCAGCCUCUGCCCCAGCACCAGUGUACUCCGCCCCCGCUCAGACUUACUCCGCUGCUGCUUCUGCCCCAGCUGUGUCCUAUGCUGCUCCUGCCCAGAGCUACUCCGCUCCUGCCGCCCAGAGCUACUCCGCCCCCGAGUUCUACACCGGAGCUGCCUCCGCCCCAGCUGCCUCCUACUCUGCCCCCGCUGAGAGCUACGAGACCGCCGCCUCUGAGCCCGCCCACUCCUUCUCCUCCAACGAUGGUUACCGCUACAAGACACAGCGUCGCGUGGUCCUCCGUCGUCACCGUUACUAG